CGGAUAUUUAACCACCAACUGACCGCAUCUCAACCUCCACCAUCUCCGACCCGCUGCUAUGUGUAAAGGACUAGCAUCGCUGCCUACCUGCUGCCUGGAAAGGUACACGGAGCUUCAUGCAAACACUCCCCCGUAACAGCAGAUGUUUAGGGCUAAGGAGCUGAAAGCAAGGCUGGGAAGCAUUUUGCAAAAAUCCAGCUGGAGCCUAUCUUGUUGCAAAAUAGGAAAGAAUAAGCCAACCCUGGAGGAAUGUCUCAAGUGGAAAGAGUCCUUUGAAAAACUCCUGUCCAGCAAAUAUGGACUGUGUGCCUUCACGACCUUCCUGGUGUCUGAGUUCAGCGAGGAGAACAUUGCGUUCUACUUCGCCUGUGAGGAUUACAGAUGCACCAAGAGUCCGGCCAAGCUACCUGCCAAAGCUCAGAAAAUCUACAACGAAUUCAUCGGCAGCGAGGCUCCCCGAGAGAUUAAUAUUGACCAUGAAACCCGUGACAUCACCAGAGCCAACAUGCAGGCUCCCUCGCUCUCUUGUUUCGACCUGGCCCAGCACAAGAUCUACAUGCUCAUGGCCAAAGACUGCUACCCCCGCUUCCUCCGCUCCACAGCCUACAGCGACCUAGUGUGCCAAGCCAAGACAAGCGCCAAGCAGGCCCAGCAGGAGAAGAAGGCGUGAAAUCACUCCGGCACCCUUUGAGGGAUUGUUAGCGAUUGCCUUAAGAUUUGAGACGGCAGGAAAAAAAAGAAAAGAAACGGCGUUAGGUGUUGCAUCCUGAAGCGACCGCCAACGCUGCUGCAGACGCAGAGGUCGGCAUGGGAGAAACGUCAGAUGGGCACGUUUUGUAGAUGCCAUCUCCUUGGAAGAUGAGAAAGGAAGAAAUGGAGGAAAUGUGGACUGUAGUGUCACUGGAGGAGGAGUUUGCUCAGAAAAGUCAAGGGAAUGUUUCACAGACUGACUGACAAUCAGAUUGGAGAGAAGCAGAUGUGGAAAAUGCACUUUUCUUUGCCAUUAGGCAAAAUGUUGUGCUUGUGAUGUGCAAUGUGACCCUAUGUCUUUGUCUUACACUGUUUGUGAACAGGCAUGUGGGUACUUUUAAGAAUUUGUAUUUAUUUGUCUAUAAUAUAUUUCUUUUUUUUUCAUUGCCAAACAAUGAUGAAAACCAUGUGCAAUUGUCUUUAUAAUAUUUAAAAUAUUUAUAUCACUGUCUUUUCUAUGUAACGGCAAAUAAAUUAUUUGAAAAAUAAAAUGUGGAGUGAAGCUCAAA